AUGGGUGUUCACGUAGUUUCAAAGUUGGAUAACCGCCAGCAUGUGAGCUUCAACCUUGAAGCCGCUGCUCAGCGGGAACUAUCGGACUCUUCCGUAAGAAUUCGCACGCAAUUGAUCAGCCUCACUUCGAACAACUUGACCUAUGCCCGCAUGGGGGGAUUCUUGCAUUGGUGGGACGCAUACCCCGUAUCUGAAGACUAUCCCGCACCAUACAACGACCCAUCAGUCUGGGGAAUAGUUCCAGCCUGGGGCUAUGCAACAGUGGAAGAGACAACUAUUCCAGAAUUGCCCAAAGGAACCCUCCUAUACGGAUUCUGGCCCACUAUCAGCACACCAACCGAUCUCAGACUCAAACGUGGCUCUCCAGAAGGCCACUGGAUCGAGACCAGCGACCAUCGCCAACAACUAAUGCCACUGUACAACCGCUACACGGCAACUGCGACCACGACCCCAAUCUCCGAGCUGACCACGACGCUCAAUCCCCUUUCAGAUUCUGCUCGGGAUGAGUUAGACCGCAUGGCCUGGACCACGCUGUUCAUUGGCGGGGUAGCAGGGUUCGUUCUCAGCGAAUAUGUUUUCUCGUCCAACCCAACCCAACCCCCCAUCCAUCCGCUGGGAAACCAAGCUGGGUUGCAAUGGACCCUGUCCGACGGGGAGGUGUCAUCCGCGGUCGUGGUGAACCUGGCCGCGUCGACUAAAACGGCCCGUGUUUUCUCGUACUACCUGUCGCGAAAGCCGGAUAGUUCGGCACCCCUUGGCUUGUUGCAGGUUACAUCGGCUGUGUCACGCAUCGAGGAGGCGAGUCGGAAUCUGCCUACUACUGUUCCUUCGAAGGUGGUUGCAUAUGGGGAUCUUGAUUCUAACGAGUCUGCGGAGUGGCUGGCUAGCCGCAGGCCUUCGAAGAUUGUUAUUGUUGACUUCGGUGGUCGUGCGAAUUCUCUCAGAGAUACACUUUCUCUGAUCAAGAAUCAUGCUGAGUUGCAAUCUUGCAAGGUUGCCAUUGUCCAGGUUGGCAAUGAGCAAAAGGUAUACUCGACAGAGGAGAUUAUUGCUGGGCAGGCAGCGAUGGCGGAGCUUGGAAAGGUUCAAUAUAACACUUCUGGUGUUCAAGACACGAUACUCGAGACUGUUGGACCAGAAGCCUACUUCACAAUAAGAGGCGCACAGUGGGAGAAAUGGUUGGAUGAGCGACACCUGAGUGAACCGGGGGCGAAGAUUGUGUUUGGCAGCGGUGUCUCUGGUGCAGAUGGUGUCGAGGGAGGGUGGGAGAGACUGUGUCGUGGGCAAGUACGGCCUGAAGAGGGAUUGGUCUACAAGAUACAAUGA